AUGGGCGAGGAUAGGUUGCUUGUGCAUGAGCGAUGCCAGCGUUUGACACUAGAUGAAGACAAUGCUCUCCUUUCGAAAGCUGGAUACCUGGUGACGCAGGAUGAUGGACCACAACAAUUGUGGUGGUCUGCAAACUUCUUGUAUGACAAAUUCAAAGCUGAUGGAGAUGAGAAAAGAACACUUCAUAAGUGGAUGGUAUACUUCAAGCAAAAGGUUUCUGACAGUGACCUUUGUGGUGAUGCGCGAAGGAGAGGGUCUGGUGGCCAUGUUUGGGCUAAGAAUAGCCCCAGUGGAUCUGCGUUGUAUAAAUUGCAAAGAGCCGUUGUGGAGUAUUUGGCCAAUGGUGUCGAGUUGUACGUGCUACAUGAAUAUGUCCCGCGACACAACACAUUGAAGGCAAUACCAUCGAGACGGCUUGCAAAUGCUCCAGAUGCUGCUGGUGUACUUGAUGGACAAGUUCGGCCAAAGCCAUCUGUCAGGGUGCAAAUGACCCCAGAUGCCAUUUAUGCAAUAUUAUCUCGAGCCAGAGAAACCAGUGUCUCCAUGAAAGGUGCCCUUGACCUACUGCAAGAAGAGAACAUGUCUGCUAUGGCAGGCUGCAAGCCAACAGCUGUGGAUCCAUGGGUCCGCAGGGCUCUGUGCAUUUACGAUCAACGAGCUACACUGUCCUUAGUGGGUGUGAACCAUUUCAACCUGGUUGCAGAUGCGUCUACACAUUCUGGAAAGGAGGAAAACAAGCUGUUACGGGUUGCGUCGUACCGUCAGCUGCAAGCGAUGAGUCAACAACUGAAUUUGCUGAGUGGAGGACACAUAGCCAACUUGGAUCACUUCUCACUCCCAGCUGGUGUUGUUCUGAAAGCUGUGCCUCAUGGUUCAGCUCGCUUCACUGAAAGACAUGACAGUGGUCGUGUUCGAGCUGGCUUUGCUGCGGCCAAUGGGGAACGUGAGAUGCUCUUACCUGAAGCAAGGAGUUGGUUUGCCAUUGGCAAGAUGGACAAAUUGAUCAUUGCCAAAUGGGAUGUGAUACACAGAGCUAUCCGUGAUGUCAAACUUGCGUUAUUGCAUGGAGCUGGUGGCGAGUUCUUUCAAGCACAGUUCCAUUCGCAAUAUCUCUUUUCAAUGGCCUACAAGCCAUUUGGGAACUCUGGCUUUUUUGAAGACAAGAAGAGAUUGUUGGAACUUAUGUUAUCCAAAGAGAGCUUUGAUUCUUGUCCACUCUUUGACGAGUGUUGGGAGAAGAUCCGCCAGGAGGUCGGUAUGGAACCUUCAUCCACGAAGAAGGAAGUCUGGGACACACUCCCGCUGCUGCCUGGCUUUAGCACCAAGCAGACCAUGCCCAAGCUUAGCAGAUGGUUUAGUUGGAACGAAUCUGCGCAGGAGAAUGUUCCAGAAUGGUCAAGCUUAAAACUCUGCUUAGCCUACCACUUUGACGAUUUGAACUUGGACCCAGACAAAGCAUAUGCAGAGCGUCAACAGAAGCAGUCCAACAAUGAUGGAACCAAAUCGGCGACCAACAUGAGGAAAGAGUUUGGCAGGCUGAAAGAAAAGGUUUUGGAGUUGAGCCAACUCUUGCUGAAACACCGCCUCUGGUCACUGUCCAAGUCAGCAGCACCUCCGGAUUGCUACGCUGGUUUGCUUUCAGCUGACCGGGAUCUGCAAGAGGCUGCAGCUUCAUUGCUGGCUGCUGAUCACCGCUACUUGCUUCAGCUGGAACAGGUUGCAGCCACCAGCACGUCCACACCAAAGUUGUUGACUGACCUGAAUUUGGUUUUCACAUCGCCAAUUCGAUUGCUCUUUCUGGCGUUUGAAGAAUCUUCCUACAGCUCCCAAAGCCCUGGCGGAAUACAUCUUCUUCGUGGAAUGUUGAAAACAUUGCCAGAUUCCAAGAUUGUCGAGGACAUACAUGGGAAAUUGAAAAGAAACGCAAAAAAAGGAUCCAACAGAAAGCAGUCACUUGGAGCACUGCAAGAGCUGGUUACUUCAUCGUCAGUGUUUGAAACCCGAGAGAUCAACGACAAGGCCUUUGUGACGAAGGAAGUCUUCAUGGAAGCUUUUCCCAGGACCAAGGAUCGCAAGCGGAAGCGGUAUUUGGCUCGCUUGCAUCGGCUACCAAAGGAAUGGUCUGAGAUGAUGGCAAGGAAGACUUGGGCAACCAUCAGUGAAGAGACAUUGCAUCAAGGAACAGCUGCAUUGUGUUUUCUCCGGAGUUACAUGAAGGACAACAGGGGCCGACAGGGAAUCCGCAUAUCGCAUGGAUGUUUCAGCAAGUUUGCCGUGGAGCUGUGCCUCAUGAUCAGAUCUGCUGGUGAUGGAUUCCCGGAAUAUUUGGGCUUUUGUCUCGGCAAUGCUUUUUGGAGCUCAUUGUUUUGGCCAGUUUGUCUGUAUCAAGAUGGCGACUUUGAAGGAUUUUUUUUGGACCCGCAGGGAGAAGCAGAGUGGGUGCAUGUGGUCAGUCCGCAAGCAUGGACUGUUCUGGUUCACGAUGCAGUUUUGUGUGGGAAUCAGAUUCUCAUGGUGGUCAACUCACGUGUGCCAUUGUUGCAUUUCUUUUUGGAAAAGGCAUCUCAUCGGAAAGCUUUGACCAUUUCAGACUUGACAUCGCUGGCUGAAGUUUUAAGCCUGGGCAGGGAUCAAUUUGAUCCCAAGAAAAUGAACCGCGAGACACUUCUCAAGGCCAUUAUCGAUCAUGUUGGCGUCAAUGAUCCAGAUUGGCUUUCCAAAGUCAAGGAUUCUAUGGACAAACCUGUCCCGGAAAAGCAAAUUGGAGAUUGUUUAGACGAACUGCUUAUGGCUGAGUUGCCCCAGGAGGAUCAGCGUGAGUUCAAAGAGAUCAGUGAAGAAAUCGACAACAAAAAAAGAUGUGGCUGGAAUCUGGUUGAACAAAGAUGGAAAAAGGCAACUGCUAAGCGGAAAGCGAGGGCAAAAGCUAAACAGAAAGCCAAGGCAAAACCCAAAGCUGGUGCCAUGGCAAGGCGCUGCAGGAAACGUAAACAACCUGAGGCUGAGGUUGUGCCGCUGGACCCUGUUGUGCCCUUGGAGCCUGUUGCGCCUUUGGAGCCGCUGCCUGAACUCGAUGCUCCUGAUGCUGAGAUGGUUGAGGUUGCACCUCCUGAGGCCCGACUUGAUGCUCCUGCUGAGGCUUUGCAUCCUCAACCUGAUGCUGAGAUGGUUGACGCUGCACCUCCUGAGGCCCGAGUUGUGGAAGCAGAAGCUGAAGCUGAGCCACUUGAACAAGCUGCUGAAGCACCUGCCCCUGUUGAUGGUGAACUGCCUCUUGCUGAUCCAGCUCCUCGUCCUGCUGCUGCAGGUCGGGUCAUCGCUGGAAGGCGAGAUGAGGUCAUUCUGUGGUCUGACAUCUUUUGCGAACACUGUGGUGAUCACUGUGGGCAAAUAAAGCUUGAUCCGCAUCCAGGAAACAGAGAUGAACCCACGUGGGUGAUGAGGGUCCAUGAUGAACAUGGAGUUUGGCCUCAAAAGGGAGGGCUGUUUCGCAGGCGAAUUGCAAGAUUGAUUGGAGAUGGACCAGAAGGAGCCACUAAGUGGGUCAUGCAUAUGCGCAAGUGUUGCGAUGUUGGGAAAUGA